AAUAAAAGGGCCCACUUGUCCUUUUUUUUGAUUAUAAACUUUUGAAAGGCACUAUGAGCUCAUUUUUUCUGGAUACUCACGGUGGUGAAGGUAUCAACCCAGUGGUUCCCGCCGGAGAAGCCUCCGGAGCUUAUUUAGAUUUUGUAACUCAGACGCGAAAUGGCGAUGCAGCUGAUUGGCAAGAAGAGGUUUACCAACAGUGAAAAUUUCAUCAUUGUGGUGCCUCCAAAUGAGUUUGUCUGAGUCUGGCAGACUGCACAAAGCAACAGCAGACUGCGCAACUGCCAGCCCACAAGAUGUCACAGCUUCACCAGCUAACUGAUGCUAAUGACCUAAUGAUGAGGCAGCAAAUGGGAAUGAAAACAGGAGUUUUACAGCAACAGCAGUCAGUUGGAUUUCAUCAUCCGCAAGUGAAGUCGGAAAUAUCUUCAGCUCAAACCUAUCAGGCAGUAUCUCCUCAGGAACAAAACCUACCUGCUUUGGAUGAAAGCAAGAACGGUGCAAAUGUGUCCUGGAAUUUUCAAUGAAGCUUUUCCCAAUAAAUGAGGUGCGUGAAGCUCUCAUGAGGUUUCAUAAGUCGCAGGCUCUUCAAGAGCACAUUUACUUGUUAAUUUCUCAAGCUCAAAUGGGAAAUGCAAAUGGAGCUAAUUGGAAGAAAGAGGUUUACCAAAAGGUUUUGUUUGCAAUGAUUAAGCCUACGAAGGAGAUGUAUCUAUUAGAGCUCAAGUAUUUAUACCUAAAGAUUGCUUCUAAAGUCUGGCAGGUACCAAACGACCCCUUAAAGCUAAAUCCAUUCUACACAUAUAAAACUCUUCUAAUCUAUCUCAGGUCAGAAAUUGAGAUGGAUUGGUAUAAUUGGAUGGCUGCUCAGACUUGGGAAGGUGGUUUAGGUGCUGGAGCUGCCGCCGGAGAUGUGCAUUCCAGUGAUUGGCGUAUUGGACAUGCGCCCUAUACUCGUCAAAGGAUUGUCAACCAAAUAUUGGAGGAAAUUCAGAGGAUUUUUCCUGUCUUUUGGCAUCAGAAUGUACAGGAACUUACGGAAAUUGCAGUGUUGUUUGAGGAAAAGACGUAUAAUGUUGCUACAAGUUGGUAUGAUUAUCUGUAUAGAAUAUACUCUAAUCUGCGUGGAAUGGCCCAUUAUUGUCAUAUCAACACUGCAAUUAGUGGUCAGAAUGCCCAUGGUCCAGGGAUGACAAUGGAAGCUACUGUCUAUGAAACUACUUCUGGGCCGGAGGAUAGUGACAAGGAAGAGGAUGAUGAUGUUGUAGAGGAGGUGGUGGGUACAAAGGAGCAAAACAAUGCUGUUGGACACAAAGACAAUGUCCGAGUUGUGGAGAAUGAGCAGGAAUCUAGCUCCAACAAAGUUGUUGGGAGGCCUUCAGUAUUUUUCAAGUAAAAUGAAGGAGAUCGGAAGGUGGAGCUUUUAUCAAACAGUGAGAGAGACGAAAAGAGAUGCAUCUUCAGUUGCUUUGAAUUUAUGAAUUUAUAUAACUUGGCUUGUUGAUUUUUAUGUCCUUUGAAGUUUUACUAUGGAUCUAGUUAUAUUUUAAGAGUAAAAUUACCUUAAUGUUGCUUGAUAUUAUGUUGAAUGUUGAUCAACUAAAUUAUACAGUGAUUGUCAAGUGUCCUAAAA